UUUUACAUUGUGCUUGUAUGAUACGAAUCGAAUGUGAAUACAAAUGCUUACUUUGAAGAUUUGAAGUUAAAAAAUCAGAAAAUUAGGUCAGUUGGAUUCCCAGUGUUUACACAGCAAGUAAAACUAGGGCAAAAAUAACAGCCAAAAUAUAAUGUGCUCCAGCCUCUUUUAUGUUUCUUUGAAAUACCUUUUGGAGUCCCUGGGUUCUUACAUGAGACGUGGCAAAAGGACAUGGCCCUCAUGGUACACAUUUUAUAAUUUGCUUUCUAAAUUUUUUAGGACGAUUAUCUUGAGUCUUUACUGUCCGCCAGAUGUACUAAAUUCUUUAUGUAAAUUUUCUUAUGAAUACCAUAGAAAUCAAAUUAUUUUCAUUGUAUAAACAAGAAAUGUAUGACAUUGAAGAGGUUAAGUAAUGCGACUCACUUUUCACAGCUGUUUAAAAUACAGAGUGGUCUUCCCUGGUUUUAGUCAUACUAAGGAAGGCUUGGGAGAUUAGAGUACCGUGUUCGCUAGACUCUUUCCUCUCCCACUCCCCUUGCCUACUUCUGGCCCUGGGAGCUGGAGGGGGGUGGAACUAGAGACACUGCUGCUGGUCCAGGCCCUGCUGGUCCAGGCCCUGCUGCCUUAAGCCGGCUGUGCCUGUGCUGGGCUCAGGGAGCUGGUGCUGAGUUCACAGAGGAGCCCUCCCCACUGCCAGCACGGUCUCAUCACCUCCCGCACUGCUGCUUUAAUUAGUGCUGCUGCCCACCUCGCCCUGCUGUGGCCAGCGCCUUCACUGCUGGUGCCUUGUGCUCUCCUCUUCCCUGGCCGUUCUUUAAGCAAGAGCUGCUGCAGAUUUUACUUGUACCUCCCCUGUGCAUUCAUUGCCUUGAGACUCAGGCAGAAGUCCAUGGAGCCUGGAUCAAAGACUCCUGGGCUGCUAAAUUGGCGGUCACCCUGCAAGCCUUGGAGUCCCAAUGGGGGACUCGGGAUCAAGACGAUCUACACUGGUCUCUCGGUUGCCAAUAUUUAGAAGAAGUAUUAGCAGAAGACAUGACUCCCUUCCUUCCUCACCUUCUUCCAGUAACACAGUUGGCGUGCACAGCUCCUCUCCUUCCAGCACUAACUCGAGCUCAGGUAGUACAGGGAAACGCAGGAGCAUAUUCCGAGCUCCUUCCAUCAGCUUCCACCAUAAGAAGGGAAGUGAAGCUAAGCAAGAGCCUACCAACCAGAACCUUAGUAUUUCAAACGGUGCUCAGCCUGGUCACAGCAACAUGCAGAAAUUGACUUUGGAAGACCAUAUUAAAACCCGGGGAAGACAUUCUGUGGGUUUUAGUAGUUCAAGAAAUAAGAAGAUUACAAGAUCAUUGACUGAGGAUUUUGAGAGGGAAAAGGAGCAGACAGCUAAUAAGAAUGUCUUUAUAAAUUGUCUAAGCUCUGGCAAAAGUGAAGCAGAUGAUUCAGGAUUCACAGAAGAACAGACACGGCAUUCUGUGAAACGAUCAUCGAGGAAGCUACUCCCCAAAUCUUUUUCAUCUCACUAUAAAUUUUCUAAGCCAGUCCCACAGAGCCAAUCCAUUUCAUUGGUACCACAAUCUGAAUUCUCCCUGGAAAUUAUGCAAUACCAAGAGGAAGAUCCUGUAUUUGUAGGAGCUUCUCCAUCUUGUUCUGUGGAUGCAACUGAACCGGCUGGAAGCUCCUUACAAUCUCCUUUGCUUUCUGCUGAUCUGACCACAGCCCAGACACCUUCAGAAUUUUUAGUCUUGACUGAAGAUUCUGUAUCUGAAGCAGAUGCAUUUCCUAAAAGUGGAAGUAUGGCAUCCCACUGUGAUAACGUUGGCCACAAUGAUUCUACCUCUCAGCUCUCUCCCAAUCCUGCUGCUCUUACAAAAACAACAAUAGAACUUACAGGAAUCAGUCCCUGUGCAAUCACAUCUCCUGCGAAAUACAGGUUAGAAGGUCGAUGUAGCACUGAAUCGAGUUCCUUCCGGGAAACGUCUGCUGCUAAUCAGAAGGAAGUGCUACUACAGUUCACUGAGCCACCCGUUAAGAAUGUUAGCCACUCAGAGACUCCCCAACCAACAGAUACUCAAAAAGAAGAAAACACAGCACUACAGAAUGGUGACACAGUGCUGACGACAAGCUCCCCAAGGAAACUUGGCUUAUACGAGACACAGAAAGCAAUAGCUGAGCCUGUGAAAGGGAUGCAUCCUGUUUCAGAUUCAAGGCUAAUACCUUCUUCUGGGGAUCAUCAUUUUUUUAACAAAGCGUCAUAUGGGUAUGAAGGAAAUACUGCCAAAGUUCUUGCCAGCAGCCUAAGUCCAUAUCGUGAAGGAAGAUUUAUAGAGAGGCGACUGAGAUCCUCCUCAGAAGGAACUACAGGGAGUAGCAGAAUGAUUUUGAAACCAAAAGAUGGAAAUGGAGAAAUGAAUAGUUUAAGAAAGCAAAGAACAGGUUCCUCUUCCUCAAAAAUGAACAGUAUGGAUGUUUUAAAUAAUUUGGGAUCUUGUGAACUGGAUGAAGAUGACUUAAUGCUUGAUUUAGAGUUUUUAGAGGAACAGAACCUUCACCCCUCUGUUUGCCGAGAGGAUUCAUACCACUCUGUAGUCUCAUGUGCUGCGGUUGUUCUUGCACCUGUGGAACCAAUGAAAGAAAUGAAGAAAAGAGAAGAACCAAAAUGUCCUGAGCCUUCGAAACAGAGUCUUUCUUUGAAAUUGACAAGAGACAUGGACCAGGAAUCCAGAUGUCCCCAUGUCAGCCGAGUGCCUGGCAGCCCAUCGGCAGAUUGGCCCUUCCAGAGCAUAGAAGAGAAUGGAGGCUUUGAUCCUCUGCCAUUCAGAUUGAUGUUACAGGACUGCACUGCCGUGAAGACGCUGUUGUUAAAGAUGAAGAGAGUUCUCCAAGAGAGUUCAGACAUGAGCCCUGCGAGCAGCACCACUUCGCUUCCUGUUAGUCCUCUUGCGGAAGAGCCAGUGCCUUUCAAGGAUAUAAUGAAAGAUGAAUGUUCUGUGCUCAAGCUACAACUGAAAGAGAGGGACGAACUCAUUUCCCACCUUCAGGAAGAGCUGGAAAAAGUGCAGCAUUUACAGAAGGCUUUUGCUUCAAGGGUAGAUAAAUCCACACAGACGGAACUUCUAGGCUAUGAUGGUUUAAGCUUGAAAAGACUGGAGUCAGCACAAGGAGGAAGAGAGGCUACAUAUCGAAAUCGAAUUGUGAGCCAAAAUCUCAGCACAAGGGACAGAAAAGCAAUACAUACUCCCACCGAGGACCGUUUUAGAUACUCAGCAGCUGACCAGACAAGCCCCUACAAAAACAAGACCUGUCAACUUUCAAGUCUGUGUUUAAGUAAUUUCUUGAAGGACAAGGAACUAGUGGAAGCUAUCAAACACUCGAGAGGAGCAUGUGAAACUCUCUCUUCAGAGGUUGCGCAGAAUUUCCAGACCACUGUCGGGCAGAGCGCCCUUAAGCCAGUGGCCAAGACCGAAGGGCUCUCCAAGUUCUCAGAGAAACCAAAGGAGCAAGUCACUGCGUCCCGACAGCAUUCGACCUUCAUGGGCAGGCUUGGGCAGCCACCGCGGGGGCCAAUCUCUUUACACAUGUACAGCAGGAAGAAUGUUUUCCUCCACCACAAUUUACAUAGUACUGAACUACAGUCUCUGGGCCAGCAAGAUGGGUAAUGAAGUUAUCCUAUUCUUGUCUCUGGAUAGGAUAAAGAUGGUUUGUGUUUCUUGUGCAUAGUUCAUAUUAAAAUUGUCAUGUAUUUUAUAUUACUUUUAAUUUUAGUCACGAACAAAGACUUGUGGUCUUUAGUUAUUAUCAUUAUUAUUUUAAGAAUGAAGGUUCACGGGCCAGGAAUGUAGCUCAGCAGCACAAGCUCCUGCCUGCCAAAUGCGAGGUCAGGAGUUCGAUCCCUGGUACAAAAAAAAAAAAAAAAAAAGAGAGACUGAAGGUUCAAGCAUGUUAAUUGAAUUAAGUUGAAUUGCCUCGAAGAAUUUACUAUAUAUGUGUAUAAUAAAGGGGACCAUCUUGAUGGUUUAUAUAAUUGCUAAUUUAGAGAGAAUCUUGUAUCUCUAUCACGGAUUCACAUUUAGAUUUCAAAAAGUAAUGUCAGAUAGCACUCUGUUUACUGUCAACAGUGUUACUAUAAAGAUAGAUAUAAAAAGGAAAUAGAUAAAGGAACUGUAAAGAAUUUUAAAUGACAUAGUUAAUAGAGAAACUUUAAAGUGUUAUAUUUGGUGGUGUAUUUAUUAGAGGAAUGAAGCUUGUUUGCAUGUAACAUAGAGAUGUUUUUGUCUCUCUAUUACAUACAUCCAAGCUUGUGAUACCUUGAACAGGGGAAGGCUGUUUCUUUUAUCCUUUAAAUGUUUUGUUUACAGUAGUGCUCAAAGGAUUUUGGACAGAGUAAUUGCUAGCCAAAUAGGGAAUGACAGCUCUGAUCUUUAAACCAAUUUUGCUUUUAGUUUUUGCUAUUGAUAUGGAAGCACCAUAGCAUAACACAGUGAAGAGGUAAAGUGGGCUGGAUUUUGUUACAUGACCUGCUGUGUUCUCUGAGUCACUGUUGUAGAAAUUUCAGCAUUUUUGAAAUGUCAGGAAUUCAAUAUUCCGAGAAAAAUAUUAUUUUAUUUUAUUUUUCCUAUAUUCUUAAAUGUUCAUUUUAAAUAUAAAUCCAGUUUUGGUUUAUAUACAUAUGGAACUUGAUUAACUGAGGAACAGGGUGUCAACUUUUGGUAUCCUAUAAAAAAUACUUUUGACUGUGAAGUCAUUUAGACUUAGAAAACAAAAAGUAAAAUAAUACAUGAACUUUGCCUGUUUGAUCUUAGAAAUAAACCUUUAACUGAAAUAUUUAAAAUUCAGUGAUGGCACAUAUUUUGACAAAUAAGGUAUUACAUACUUAAGUGCUCAUGAGAUAGAUCAAUAAAUCUAAAUAAAACAGUUAAUCUUUAGUAAAAAAGCAGUUUCAAAUGGUAAGUAUAAAUAAUUGCAAAAAGACUAUUGGGAAUCAGGUGUGCAGUUUUCUUAUACUAAGAUCAGAGCUGGUAACCAUAGCCACGUUAGACAUAGUCACGCAAAUUGAAACUGUCAUAUGCAGUGCAUGAUCUGUUUUCCUUGCAUUCACUGACAGACUCUGUCAGCCUGCACAAAUGAGAUGAAUGAAGAGAAAUUAAGAUAGCAGUUUUAGCAUGGCAUCUGACUAACCUGCUUACAUCAAAGCUAUAUGUGAAAUGCAUCUUCUAAUAUAAAAAUAUAUUUGAGUUCUAUGCUUUGGGGAGAAGCAUUAGACCCUCUCCCCAGAUUUAACCACUGAACUUUGAUCAACUUUCAACUUGGUUAGAAUUGCUAGUAAGAUGUAUAGGGAAUAUGUUUUAAUUUUGGUUUUCCAAAACAAGCAUGUGCAUCAAGACAAAUAUUCAUCAAAUGUUUUCUUUUUCUUGUGUGUUUAUAAUUCUGCCAAAAGAGAAGAAAAUGCCCCAUAAUUUGCUUCAUUUAAUGAGACUGCUGUCAGAAAUUUUCAUCAUAUUUUAAAAGUUGUAAUAUUCAGGCAAACAUGCAUUAUGGACUGGGUAACAUUUAAAGAAUCAUAGAAACAUUAUGAUUUACUUGUGAAAUUCAGCUUGAGUUGUACUGAAAAUUACUGCGUGUUGCUAGAAUAUCUUAAAUCUAUAAAUAAGUAAGCAUGAUAAAAUAAUCAAGGAUUUUUUUCCCAGGAUAUGGAAGAGCUAUGUAUCACAAAUAAUGUUUUUGAUUUGGAAUUUUGCAGUUUGUAGUUUCAUUUUGCUGGAAGAUAGACUUUUGCAUUAUACUUUGUAAAAAAUAAUCUAUUUAAGAAAAUCUGUCAUUUAAUAGACAUUUUAAGAGAUGUUUUAAACACUAGUAUUUUCUUGGAAAAUCUUUUUUAAAGCUGGAACAUUCAAAAAGACAACCUGGAUUCAACAGUUCAAUUUUAAAAGGAGGGAUAUUUUUUGGAAAUAUCAUCUUAAAGCUGUUUUGUAUCAGUAUUUUCAAGCAUUGUUAUACUAUUAUUUGUAAUACUCAGUGUAACUCAGGCCUGGAGAAGGUAUAAGCCCACUGUAUUAAUAUAGAUCAAUAAUGUAAUACAGAGGUCUUUUGUAAGUUCCUCUUGUUUAGAUAGUCUCAGUCAUAACAAUGGUGUCUGGGUACUGUUUCAGUGAGUCAAAUUCUUUGUACUAAAAUCUCUAGUUUUCUAAGAAAGUUCCAUGUAUAAAAAUGAUUUAUACAUUUCUCCAAGGCCGUACAUAUCCAAAGACAUGACACCAGGGGGGAAAAGUGCUUGUUUUUUUGUUUGUUUGUUUGGUGAAGCAGUGGUCUUUUCCUUUUUUCCUUCUUUAGUGCAUGUGUGUCUGUAGCUAAGCCCAAGCAACCCUGUGAAAUUUCUGCUGCAAACUGUCUCCUCUGAAUCUAGAAUGUUUUAAAGGACACUUAAGAAAAGACAGUCCUGAAGGAAAGAUGUUUCUACCUGAAAUAAAUCAUUCCCACUUUUGUAAUUAUUGGAACAUGAAGCUGUAUUUCUAUGAACUCAGUAAUUUUUUCCGGAUAAUUUUAUAUGCUACCAGAGGCACCAGAAAGCUACGGAAUAUCUCCCAGAUUAUAUCCAUUUCUUUGGAGCACCUUCAUCUUAUUCCAAAUGACACAGUGAAAUUGUUGUUGCAACUUUAAAGGUAUAAAUCGACCAGUAUCAUGACGCUCAGGGGAAGAGCCUACAGUCACAAGUUACUCACGUUAUCUUUAUUAUUCAUUCAUUUAUGAAUCAAUAAAAUGAUGGGCUGAUAGAUAACACUGAACAAUUAUAAGCAUGGACAUAUUUGGCUAACUUGUUUACAAAAGUUUUCCUGGCUUAUCCAAGUUUAUGGUUGGUAUUUUACUUCUAAUAUUUUUCAGGAUUAAUCUCAGGCCUGUAUCAUUAUUUUCUGAGUGUUGAGCUCUUGUUGAAUUCAUAGGAAAUUUUAUAUUUUGUUUUGUUUAUUGUCUUUUGUGUUUAGUAGAGAUAAUAUUCCUUUCCCACCACAAAAAAGUUAAGUUUUUCUUAUUGUUAUUGUUAUUGUAUCUUUAAGGACCAUAUCUCUAAGAUAAAUCGAUCACAUUCUAUCACUCUUCCCAGGAACUUUCUUAGUAAUUUAGUUGAUGAAGCAGCAGGAAUAGUUUAAUAAAUACUGAAUCCUAUUUCCGAAUAUCAUUGGUCAUUAUUACCUUCCUCAUCAAGGAAUAGUAAGCCUCAGUAGUGAGUAACUUGGCAUAGUGGGUAUAAUCUUAUAAUAUUAUUAUAAUCUUAGUAUAUUUUAAAUUUGACUCACUUUUUCAGUUGUGGAACUUUAUAUGUUGAAGCCAUGAAAGUUCAAAGUACCCCUACCACUACAAUGAACCAAGCAUACCUGAAAACAGAAAAGUGGAAGUGUGCAAAGGUGCAACCCAUGAUUAUCAUCCUCACAACUAACUCACAUUGCCCAGCAUAGCACCUUUCCUUCCACUGAAAUACAUCCUUAAAUGAAGCACUGGUACUUUACACCAACAUUUUGUGUCUAAGACUCCACUUUAGGCAUAUUAAUCAGGUCCCUUUAUAUAUUUUCAUAUAUAUACACAUAUCUUUUUUCACAAAAAGUAUUUCAAAAACAUAUAUUUUUUUUGUAAUUUACUCCAUCUGGGAUAAAAAUUUGGGGGGCUAAGGAUAUAUUGCUCAGUGACACAGCGCCUGCCUGAAAUUUGAAAAAAAAAAGAAAAAACUUUAAUUUUUUUUCUUUUCUCACAUGCUGAGUCUGCCAUAUACAUAUAGGCUAAAUCGAAUUGUAUAACAGAGAUGUUAGUAUUUAAAAAUGAUUUUUGGUUUUCUUAAAAAAAGAAAAAAGUUGAUUUGCACAUAAAAUAUAAGAGCAAACAGCCAAGUAACCAACAAUCGAGAGGCUCACUUGUUUAAUAAGAUACAUUAUCAUUGCAAAAUUUUUGUUUCUCAAAUUUUCUUCUUUGCCAAAUUGUUCCACCAAUAGUCAGAACUACAAACAUAUCCAUGAAUUAAUAAUUUUAACCACACAUUUUAUCUUACUAAGAACACAUUUCUAAUUUCUAAGGAGUGUGGCCUCGAAACAAAAGUCCAAUGAUGGCAUUUUGAGUUUCAUUACCUAUCCGACUGUCUACCCUGUUGAAGAUCUAGAGAAUUUCUUAGGAAAAACUAAGGCACAUAAAAGUCUUUAAAUAUGUAGGGGACAUUUUUGACAUUAAGCAGUGAUCUAGGAUGUGGGUGUUAUGGCUCAGACAUUGAUUGUGCCCACUCAAAGUUCUGACUGGAGGAUUGGUCUCCAGAGUGGUGGUAUUGGAAGAUCCUGUGGAGACUCCGAGAGGCAGAGCCUGGUCUGUAGAUGUAGUUCAGUUACAGAGAUUUCCUGUCAGGGUUAAGUCCCUGGGACUGAGUCCUGGAAUGAGAAGAGAAACACAGACACACAGACACACACACAGACACACACACACACACACACACACACACACACUCACAAGCACACGCAUAGGCAUAGGCGCAGGUACAGGCACAGGUACAGAAAGAGAGAGAAGGGGGAGACAGACAGAGGCACAGAGAGACACAGAAACACAGAGAUAGAGAGGGAAAAGGAAAGACAGAAGGGGAGAGGAGGAGGUGGAGAGACAGAGAGACAGAUACAGAGAGAGAGAAUGCUUCCCUCAUGGGGAGUCCUUAAGUCAUUUAAGGUAUGUCCUUGAAAAGUAGUUGUGAUGUGAUCCUUUGAGUUCUUGUGAGAGGGUGAUCAUAAAGUAGCAAGCCUGGUUUCUCUGCUUUGUCUUACAUUGUGACUACUUGUUACUCCGUACAAUACUAUCAUUGCCACUAACCAGCUGUCAGGGGGCUCUUACCAGAACAAAGCUGAGGUCCUUUUUCAUGCUCUUGAGCUUCCAAGACUAUAACCUACAGAAAUUUUUUGUUCUUCAUGAGUAGCAUGUGUCAGGUAUUGUGAUAUAGUAAUAAAAUGCUGACAAAGUGAUAGAAUAGCAUGAUUUUCUCUGACGUGGACACAUUAACGUUUCCAAUUUAAUCUCACAAACAUUUUUCCUUAAAACUGAAAAAGUGGAGCCUCCUACAUCUUGUCAUCUUUUGCAAAUAUUACCUCAUUCCAUUAAUAAGUGGAGUUCAUUGUAAUAAAAUAUCAUAGACUGAAUGGCUUAAGCAAAAGAUUUAUGGCUUACAAUUCCAUUUCUGGGGCCUACAAGUGCAAGCCUGAGGUGUCGGAAGAACCAAUUCUGAUGAGGAAGAGUGCAGUGGGCAACUUUCUUGUAUCUUCACAUGGUAGAGAAUAAACUCUGGUUUCCUCUUCUUAACAGAACUCUAAUCCCAUUCUAAGGAUCCCACCCUCAGGACUCAGCCAACCCUAACUACCUUCCGAGGCUCCACCUUCAGACCAUCAUGUUAGUACAAGAGUUUUUAAUUAGGAAUCUGUGGGCAAUGCAUCCAUUCUAUAGCUUUCAUUUUCAGUUUACAGCAAUCUAGUGAGGGAGAUACUGUUUUUUUCUUUCAUAGAUUAUUUGAGCGAAUUAGAAACUUUGCCAAGGACAUUCAACACACGUGUUUAAAUAAAUGUAUUCAUAGCCUUCACCUUUUCCUUUAUGUCACGAUUACAUCUGGAGAGGGCCCUUCAGGAAGGAGGCUGUGUGAGUCAGACAAGCCCGUGCUGCCUCACUCUCUUUUACUGUUCCAUUGAUAUUGCUAUGAAAGGAAAUCUAAGCAACGUUUAAGUUUAGAAAAAAUUCAGUCUCAAUUUGUAGAGAAGUCUUAGAAGAAUGUUUUCCUGUUUUAAACUUACCACCCAGACAAUUGGGAACAUUACUAGAAAAAGAUUUCAUGUUAUUUUUUUUUUUUUUUUUGAAGUAGAGUGCCAACAACGUCUAAAAAAGGAAAACCCACUGUAGGUGAAAAAAGAACUGGGUUAUCUUAUUUUCCCCUUCUAUUCUGAGAGUAAUGAUAUAGAUACCACUGAAGUUGAUAUGUUGUACAUUUUAAAAAUAAGACCAUUCCAAAAUUGCUUUAGACAUUUCUGUAUAAGGACAAAAUUUACAUAUGGUUUAAAAUUUUCUUAAAUAUUUGGAAGAGUUGAAAUUAAAUGUGAUGUACAAAUUUAAUUGCUCAAUUUUUCAACAAAAUAUAUUUUAUUCUGUCAUUAAUCUUAUAUACAUAAAUAAUGUCUACAUCUACAUAAAAUACUAUUCUACCAUGAGUUUUUUUCUUCCUAAACCCAUUUCUUCAAGAAUGCAAGAAAAUUUGAAGAGUAGCUAAACUCUGUUUUUAGGAAGGAAAAAUACAUCAGAGGUUAUUAAUAUUUAUAAAAAUAUUUUCUAUUCUUAAUCUUCAAAAUUCUAAAAUUUUAAUUGGAAAUAGAGUAAGUAGCAAAUUAUUCUGGAGAUUACCAUUUUAAAUAAUAUUGAAUGUAAUGAUGUAAUUUCUUUUGCGGCUCUUAAUAUACCAAUAAAGACAAUGAUUUUACUUAAUGGAAAUUUCAUACUUUGACUAAUAUUCUGAGGGAAGAUUGCUAUAUUUAAGUAUGAUGAUUAGAGAAAUAUGCAUACUUCCUGCACAUAAUAAAUUUUAAAACAAAAAAUUAAUCUGUGUGAUACCUGAUUGCUUUUAACAUGAUAUUAUCUUUUUCUGAACCUAUGUCAUUGAUGGUUGGGCUUAUUACGUGGGUUAUACUCUGCAAUAAACAAUGUGACUCA